CUGAGACUGACCACUCGCCUCACACGACUGAAUAGAAGGAAGUGACUUCUCCUUCCCCUGAACCAGAGCUUCCUCCUGAGCGCUCAAACUCUCAUUCCAGCUCAGACACUCACAAAGCAGAAGCAUGGGAACGCUGCUUCUCAUCCUAAUAACCCUGGAGCGCUUUUCUGCAUUGAGUGGUUUUCUGGUGGCACACGCUGACACAGGCUUGUGUCUGAGCACACACAGGAGUGUGGUGGUCCUGAGGAAGUGUGACGGGACCAGCCCGUCUCAGCAGUGGGUCUGGACCAGCGGCAGCAGACUCCAACACACGCUCGUGUCCAGAUGUCUGUGGGCCGAUCAGAGCAGUGACAUCCCACUUCACGCUCGCCUGGUCAAGCUCAGCACCUGCCACACUGCCCCGGCCUGGACCUGCUAUGACCAGCGGAGAGUCUUUGGACUGGCAGAAACGCCCAUGUUCCUGAAGAAGCAGGGCGAGCGGGUUGUUGUCCGCUUUGGGCAGAGGUACUCAAACUGGUCCAUGAUGACGGUGGACUCUGAGGGGGGACAGGUGUCCACCUCUCUGUGUCCAUCCACAGGCCCAUCCACAGUUUCAACAAUGCACUCCACAGGGGAACUGACCACUCUGACAGUCCCUGUCAUUACUCAGAGCAGAGCGGUGACCCACCACAGUAACACAGUCAGAAGCAGAACCAAACGCACCGCUACCACUGGUCUAGCUGAUCCGAGGACAUUCACUGCCAAAACAGACUUUCAGGAGAACGAGACUCAAACGCCCGAGACAGAUUCAUCCUACGAGACGAGUGAUGCUACAGAUGUGUCCUCCACCGCUCUGAUGCUCACCAGAACUCCUGGUGCACCUCAGAACUUCACCCAGAAUGGAGCUGACGUGACAGAGACCACCUCAGACGUUAUGGAGCAGACCUACAACCCUCUGACUUCUCAGACAGAGUUAACUAUCUCCACGACAGACGCAGAGCCUUCGGGUUCGUCUGACUUUCAUACAGGACCGCCUGAAGAUCACAGCACUGAUGCAGAUCCUACACUGACCGAGAGCUCAACCAGAAGUGUCCCAGUGUCAAACACAGAUGGGGCAUGGACAAAUACCAUGAUCAGAAACGCAAAGAUCAUCAAAGAUGUUCAGACCAUGUCGCCAUUUAAAACAAGAACGAGCCGAGCCAUUACUGAAGAUCUUCCCAGUACAGAUACUAGAGCUACUCCCGAAACAGAUACCAGUUCUGCUGAAACUAGAGCACCUGCAACAACCAGCUCUGCAGCCCUGUACACAUCUACAGCUGCCCCGGACACAGACGCAUUCACAUCAGCAACAUUCACAACUACUGUGGCUCCAGUUACAACUACAGGAACCACCAGCACCAUCCCCAGCACUGCUGCUCUGAACACUGGAACCUCACCUCCACCAUCGACCACGGCUUCCACAGCACAGCUUGUGACGACAGAGGCGCUCAGGUGUCUGCUGAACAUGACUGCAGCCAGUAUUCAUAUGGAUUAUUGUGUGCUGAAUUUCACAACACCUGGAAAAUCCUGCAGCUUCGUCAUGACUGAUGCUUCUCACUUCACAAGGUGCUCUGAAGACAUGAAGCGUCCCAGCCAUCACACAUGCCUGAUGAUGGGUUUGACUCCCGGCGAUACCUAUCGGUUUGCGAUCAUUUCUGAGACAGAUGCUGCACACUUCAACAUUACAGUUCAAACCACUCCUGCUCCCGUCACUUCACUGACUCUCAAGAGCAACGGCAGUCAGGACGCUCUCAAAGCCUCCUGGAUUCCUGCUGUCGGACACGUGGAGUCCUACCAGCUCUCUCUGUCGCCCUCCACCUCUUCACAACAGGACCUUACUCUGCCUCCGAACACUACCCAGUGGGGUUUUAGUGGCUUGACACCUGGAAAAGCUUAUCAAGUGUUGGUGAAGACAAAGAUUGGGGAACUAACGGCUGAGACCAGGACCACAGGGAGAACAGGCAAGAACUAUGACACAUCUGGCAUCUUCCUACCUUAUUUACCCCUAAAUGGUACCUUAACAGCUAUUACCUCUCCAGGAUGGGUGGCUCAUCUCCGGCUGGAGGCUCUCGAUGAGAGGACCCUGCAGCUGUCCUGGUCUCCUCCUCCUGGAGACUGGGAUUUCUACCGUGUGCUGCUGUUCAACGGCUCGUCUGUGCUGAUGAACCGGACGGUGGACAGGAGUCUGCUGGAGUUCAGCUUCAGCUUCAGCGGCUGGACUCUGAUUCCAGGCCGUCUGUACAGAGCUGUGGUGAGCGUGGAGAGCGGAUAUCUGAGCUCGACCGCCGACUGCCACCAGAGAAUAGUUUUUCUGCUCUGUCCAUCAGCUCCCGGGUCCGUUCAGAGGCUGAGUGUCCGUCACAGCACCGAGACCUCGCUGGGCGUUGUGUGGAGCCGUCCCGUCGGCGAGUGGGACAACUACACCGUCCAGCUGAAGGACCGAGACGCCACUGUGGACACACAGACAUUAGCCCAUGGUGUGCAGGAGUGCAGUUUUCAUAAGCUGAUGCCUGCACACACCUAUACGAUCACCGUGAGGACCAAUAGUGGAGAUCGGAGUAGUUCGGCCCACGUCACAGGAAGAACCGUCCCUGCGCAGGUCCCCCAGCUGCGGGUCAGUAAUCAGGGCAGCUCAGACACUCUACAGGUGCGCUGGGACGGGGCGGCCGGGGCGGUGGAUCUGUACCGCCUGCUCCUCAUCCACGACAGCGUGGUCAUGAAGAACGAGAGUGUGCCGCCCAAUAUCACCUCCUACCACUUCCAGGGCCUGAGAUCUGGUGCUCUGUACAGGACCGUGCUGACCACAGUGCACAAGGGUGAUCUCUCGCGCCAGACGGUGGCUGAUGGGCGCACAGGCCCAGCCGCAGUGAGAGACGUGACGGUGAGCAACAACGGCCGCAUGGACUUCCUGAGCGUGUCCUGGAGAGCAGCUGAAGGAGAUGUGGACAGUUACUCCGUCACUCUGAGAGAUCGGGAGAGAACCCUUCACACCCUCACUGUAUCCAGGCUCACUACCGAGUGUGUCUUCAAGUCUCUGGUGUCUGGACGCCUCUACAACAUCUCCAUCAGCACCCGUAGUGGAGAGUAUGAGAACCACACCGUGGUUCAGGAGCGCACACAACCUGCCACAGCGUUGAACCCUACAGCCACACACAUGGCUCGUGACGACCGUCUGAAGGUGUACUGGCGCCACGCCGCUGGAGACUUUGACUACUAUCAUGUCUCCAUCAAACACAACAACAUCUUCCAGCAGAACAAGACGGUGCCCAAGUCUCAGAAUGAAUGUGUGUUCAGUGAGCUGGUGCCAGGCCGGCUCUACACUGUGAUCGUCAGCACGUGGAGCGGGAAAUAUGAGUCCAGCGUCUCAACUCAUGGAAGGACAUUGCCAGCAGGAGUGCAGAACCUGACGCUGGCUGACAGCGGCACAGAGGACCUGCUGGUGACAUGGAUUUCUGCUCCUGGAGAUGUGGAUCAUUAUGAGGUUCAGCUGCUCUUUAACGACAUGAAGGUGUUUCCUCCGAUUACACUAACCAGCAGCACCAACAGAUACCUGCUCUCGUCACUCACUCCUGGAAGACUCUAUAAAAUUGUAGUGUCCACCUUUAGUGGGCCAAAUCUAAGUGCACAGUCUAUCAAAGGCAGAACAGUUCCUAGUAAAGUGAAGAACAUUCAUAUCAGUAAUGCUGGUCAGAGCAGCAGUCUUAGAGUGAACUGGACGCCGGGACAGGGCGAUGUGGACCGCUACGCUGUGUCACUGUCCCAGACGGGCAGACAGGCUGAGGAGAGAUCAGUCCCGAAACAUGUGAAUGAGAUCAGUUUUCAGGGUCUACUGCCAGGACAACAGUACAUGAUAACUGUUACAUCAGUCUGCGGAUCUCUGAUUAAUAACAGCACUGCAACAGGACGAACGGUGCCCUCCUCCGUGAGCGCUCUACAGGUGGAGGACCAGCGCAGCACAUCCAGUCUGCUGGUGUCAUGGCAGGCAGGUCGAGGGGUGUAUGACGGCUAUCGGCUGCAGCUGCUGGAUGAGCGAGGGUCUCUGGUGACUAACAGCUCUCAGACCGCAGAAGCCAGCCAGCAGUACUUCAGACAGCUCACUCCAGGAAAAAAGUAUCGCGUUGUGAUGCUAACCAUCAGCGGAGGAAUCAGCAGCAAAGCUGUCUUUGCUGAGGGCAGAACCUGUCCAGCAACUGUUAAUAACCUGUCUGUCUUAAGCAACACAACCACAAGCCUGUCGUUCCACUGGGAUCUGCCAGACGGGGAGUUUGAUGGAUUUGAUGUUUCUCUGUUUACUGGAGAUGAAAGCUUGCAAGAUCAGAAAACAGGAAUGAUGAACAUGCAAGACUGUUCUUUUCAAAACCUUCAACCUGGGACUCAGUACAAGGUGGUCGUUAUGACCCGCAGCGGGGAUCAGACCAAUGACACGUCCAUCUGGGCCAGGACAGCUCCUGCAGCUGUGACGCUCUUGCAUGCUGAGAGUAGAACAAGCUCUGAGAGUCUGUGGUUGAGCUGGAAACAGGCCGGGGGUGAAGUGAGCAGCUACACCCUCCUGAUCUACAAUCCUGAUGGGACUCAACAUGCGGAGCAGAGUUUGGGCCCGGAGAGCAGAAGUUACACGUUUCAAAGGCUGGUGGCUGGACGACUUUACCAGGCUGUUGUCCUUACACACAGUGGAGAUCUGACCAACAUGGCAACCACUACCGGCAGGACAGUCCCUAGGCCGCCUGUCUUGUUUUCCUUCGGAGAAAUCACUAACACCUCACUGGAGAUCACCUGGAGCAGUCCAGAAAACACUGAUUAUGAUGACUUUGACCUUCAGUGGAGCCCCAGGGACCAUCUGUCUGUGUUCAACCCCUACCACAGCCCCACAUCUGGAAACCGUAUUCUGAAAGGCAUGUACCCUGGCCGUCAGUACAACAUCAGCCUGCGUACAGUCAGCGGUGCUGGAACCAACAACCCUACCUACAGCUCUUCGGUCCACAGGAGCAUCAGGACAAAGCCUGAGCGUGUUCAGAGUCUGCACUGCCGUCCUCAGAACUCUACAGCCAUUUCCUGUUCCUGGAGUCCCCCCGAAGCUGACUUUGACUCGUACAUCAUUGAGUGCUUGAGAAAGGGCUCUCAGAGAAUGGUAUACUCACAGCGCACAGUCAAAGAGAACACCGUCUAUCUGAUCAAAGAUCUAGAGCCUCAUAAGCAGUACAUCGUCUCUGUAAAAGUCAUCUCUGACAGCAUGACCAGUGAGGCAGUCAUGGAAAAUGUGGUCACAAUGAUAGACCGUCCACCUCUGCCCUCAAUUCACAUCGAUGAGAAUACAGUUCAGGUUACCAAGUCAACCAUAUUCUUCCAGUUCAACUGCAGCUGGUUCAGUGACAUCAACGGUGCUGUGAAAUACUUCAGCAUCAUCGUAACUGAAUCUGAUGACAGUGAAAACCAGCAGCCAUACCAGAAACAUCCUCUUCCCUCAUACCUGGUCUACAGAUCCAACAGCUCGGUUAAAGCUUAUCAGACCAAAUACUUCUCCAGCCACUGCGACAAGAGACUGAACACAGUGCAGGAGUUUGAGAUUUACCUGGGGUCGGGCAUGGAGUGUCUGGGAGGACGAUGUGAUCCUAAACCAUCGGCUGAUGCGUCUCAACAACAGGCCAUCUUCUGUGAUGGGCCACUGAAACCCAAGACAGCAUACAGACUCAGUAUUCGAGCCUUUACCAAACUCAGUGGGGAUCUCUCUGCGCUCUAUACUGAUACAUACCUGUCCAAGCCCUUCAUGACAGAUGCAGAGCCACUGAAUGGAGUCAUUGCAGGGGUCAGCGCUGGACUCUUCCUCAUCGCCACCAUGGUGGGUUUAAUUGUUCUGCUGAUCUGCAGACAGAAAGUCCACAAAAUGAGUGCACAAGAGCCUGUGGUCAGAAUGAGUUUGAGAAGAGAAAGACAACUUUCGGGAAGUCACGUCAUUGUUAGAGGGAACCGUCGCGUCUCAAGUCCCAUCAGCAUCACACAUUUUGAGUCACAUUUAGCUAAACUUCGAGCAGACUCCAACUACCUCCUUUCUGAGGAAUACGAGGACCUAAAGGAUGUUGGUCGCAACCAACCUCAAGAUGCGGCGUUAUUGCCUGAAAACAGGGGCAAAAAUCGCUACAACAAUAUACUGCCUUAUGAUUCUACACGGGUGAAGCUGUCCUAUGUUGAUGAUGACUCCUGUUCAGAUUAUAUUAAUGCCAGCUAUAUUCCUGGUAAUAACUUCAGACGGGAGUAUAUAGCGACUCAGGGUGCUUUACCUGGCACUAAAGAUGAUUUCUGGAAGAUGGUCUGGGAGCAGAAUGUGUACAACAUAGUUAUGGUGACACAGUGUGUUGAAAAAGGAAGGGUAAAGUGUGACCAUUACUGGCCAUUUGAUCAGGAGCCGCUGUAUUAUGGGGAUCUGGUCGUUCAGAUGCAGUCCGAGUCUGUGCUUCCCGAGUGGACAAUCCGAGAAUUCAAGAUCUGUAAUGAGGAACAGCUGAGCUAUUCCCGAGUCGUACGUCAGUUUCAUUACACUGUGUGGCCGGAUCACGGAGUUCCAGAGAUCACGCAGUCACUCAUUCAGUUCGUGCGGACUGUGAGAGACUACAUCAACCGGACGCUCUUCUCUGGAGCCACUGUAGUGCACUGCAGUGCUGGAGUGGGGCGCACAGGAACCUUUAUCGCUCUUGACAGGGUCCUUCAGCAGCUGGACACUAGAGACACGGUGGACAUCUACAGUGUUGUGUUUGAUCUGAGGCUUCAUCGCACACACAUGGUGCAGACGGAGUGCCAGUACUCAUACCUCUAUCAGUGCGUGCGAGACGUGCUCCGUGCGAGAAAACUGCGCAGUGAACAGGAAAACCUCUUGUAUCCCAUCUAUGAAAAUGUGCAUCUGGAUUACCACAGAGAUGUGGUCUACUCCAAACGCUGAUGUGCAGGUGGAUAAAAAAAAAGAGACCAAACACUUUAAUGUCAAACACAUGUAAAAAUUUAUUUGAAAAUGAAUUUAAGGUAAUAUGCUAUGGGUAUGCCUAGAUGUAACAGAAUUAUAUCAUGUACAUACAUUCAAUAUUAAUUCAGAGUUUAUGUUAAUUCUUGCAUAAUGUAAUGUGCAUCACCAAUUAAAUGUCACAGCUUAUUUUAUAUUAAUUAAAAUAUCACAAAA